CUUUUAGGUAAGUGCUUCCUGUGUGGGUAGGUGAGUGCACCGCCACCCGACUGCUGUGGUUGUGACUGUUUUCAUGACGACGAACAUGUUUUUGAUGAAGCUUUGUCCUCCACAGAGUCUGUUAUCACGGUGUGUUUGCCCUGUGCUCACCCGGACAGGUUUCCGGUCAGUGGCACCCCUCCCUGCACACACCCCCUGGUCCGGUCCGACGUCUCUGUUCCACACUCAGCCCGCCCAGCUCAGCUCCAACAGGGCGUCCAUAGCGCGCUACGGUCGGCAGAAAUAUGAGAGGCUGUACCCUGUGAUGCUGGUCCGGCCUGAUGGAUCCACAAUCAACAUCAGAUACAAGGAACCCAGACGCAUCCUCGUGAUGCCAAUCAAUCUGUCCACUCUGUCUGAAGAGGAGCGUCGAGCUCGACUGAAAAAGAGAGAAGUCGGGAAGACGAAAAAAGAAACGGUGGUCGAGUAUGAAGAUGACUUCGAAGUUGACAAAUACAGCCAGUUCUGGAAGAAUAAAUGAGUUUUUUUUUUUAAUAUAUAUAUGUGCAUGUUAAGCACCAAAAAUCAAACUGUUGCCUGAAGCUUCCAUUUGUCCAUACAGAGUAUAUUUAAAUUGGGUCUUUUUCAUUCCAAAAAAAGUGAUUCCUCCAAAAAAUUCAAAUGGGGACACUCCCAGACUGACAUUUUCAUGGCAGGAUGACUUACUGAACACCAUGUGUAGCUGGGUCUGCUGCUGAGUUUUACUCUGACUCUUUGGGGUUACUUUCUAAGAAGUGUAAAUGACCUAUUAAAGCUGUAAACUGUAACAGUGUUAAGUUAAUAAAUUGUUUUAAAGUUG